AUGAACGACACUCGUCGAGGAGAAGAAGCCGGCGAGGAACGGCCGCUGCUGAGAAAGCCCGCACGGCACUCGCUCGCCACCCAAUGGAAGAGACACAUGGCGGCCCAUGUGAGCCGGGACUGGGCCGACGUCGUGCUCGUCUCGUGCUACCUCAUCACUGGCCUGCUCGAUAGCGCAUCUAUCUCGGUGUGGGGGUCGUUCGUGUCGAUGCAAACAGGAAACACUGUAUAUCUCGGACUCGGCUUGGCCGCACCGACCGAGUCAACUCGCUGGGUCAAGUCGGGAGUGUCUCUGGCCUCCUUCUGCAUCGGGUCGUUUCUCUUCAGCCGGUUCCACCGCUACUUCUCUCCCAAGCGCCGGUGGGUCUUGGUCGCCUCUUUUACCGGGCAGUUCUGCUUCACCGCCGCCGCCGCCGCCAUCGUCAGCGCCGCCGGGACGCCCGCCAACAAGGAGGAGGCUGGGUGGCGUGUGCUCGUGCCCAUCGCGCUCGUCGCCUUCCAGAGCUGCGGCCAGGCCGUCACGAGCCGCGCGCUCCGCUACAACGCCCUCACUAGCGUGGUGCUGACGAGCAUCUACUGCGACCUGUUCUCCGACUCGGAGCUGUUUGCGCUGCUCAACGCCGAGCGGAACCGCCGCGCCGGCGCGCCGCUGUUCCUCCUGCUCGGCGCGUUCCUCGGCGGCAGGUUUGCACACAGCUCGUUUGGCGUUGCCGGGGCACUGUGGGCGGCGUCGGCGCUCAAGAUGGCCGUCGUCGUGGCGUGGCUUGUCUGGCCCUCGAACCCUCCCGCUUCGCGGGGCGAUGCCGACGAAGGGCGACGGCGGCAAGAUAGCGAUUCUCGACUGCUUCCAGCUGCGAAUUAG